AGCACCAACUUCGAAUAGCGGGAGCUGUUCCAAGACGGAGGUCUCUUUGGCUGGUAGUUCAGAAAGGUGACGCUACGUCGUUCCAAAAAUGAUGACCAUACGUACAUGAACAGCUCUUUGGAAGCUCAACCAACUCCAUCCGUAGCUCUGCGCGUGGUACUGAUGACGGAGCAAACCAAAGCUGACAACUCCUGGUCGUCGUGGGCAUCAUGGACAUGGACCCAGUUAAGUGAUGAAUCUUCGCCAUUUUCCUUCAUUUUGGGCAACAGCGUUGAUAUGGCCGUGCAGUACGGCCUGGAUACCAGUUUCGGCUUCAUCCAGACCGUUUGUGCCAUCAUCGGUGCCGUCAGUGUCACCAGCGCGGCCAAGAAGGCGUUGUAUCCCCAGGCACGGCCCGUGGAGCCUCUCUUCAACCGCUUGCGCUCGGAGGGGGGACCUCGCCUGUGGUCCCAUCAACGCGUGAGGUUCGCCGUAAAUCCUUACAAGAACCUCAAUCACAACAGGAUUGUGAUCCUGCAGGGGGAGACCCAAUCGGGGAAGACCAACCUCCUGCGCCACGCCAUCCCAUGGUACCGUCGCUGGACCAUUUGGCCGCUCUCCAUGGUGUGCUGGCGAGGCAUCUACAUGAACGGUGGUGAGUCCCAACGAAUGGAUACCUUUCAGCAGUUGGCCACUGAAGUGGGAUGCCCAGAGUGGGUCACCUUCCAGAUGUUUGGCACCAGCCACAGGGCCGGCUCUGAGAUCAAACAGUGUGUGUGGGCCUAUCGCCGGCAGCAGUGGCUCUGCCUGAUGCUGGAGAAGCUGCGGGUGCCCUUUCCCUUGCUGCUGCCCAAGCCGGUCUUCAUCAUCGUGGACCAAUUCGAAGAACUUCUGAAGAGACAUCCAGAUCAGGCAAUGGCUUGGGCUGAUGCGAUUUGCCACAAUCAUGGCCGCAACAACUAUGCCCGAAUCCUUUUUGUGGUGAACUCGGAUUACGGCGCUCAGAGUUUGUUGAACCUCGCCACCCACGGCUUGCAGUUUGAACGAAUCCAGAUGCAAAAGCCCACUGAAAGGUGGAGGUUGGCAGCAUUGGAUCGCAAGCUGCUCCAAAAGUGUCAACACAACGUCGGUUUGUACUGGAUGGCCAAGCAAAGGCUGAAGAGUGGCGCGUUGAUGCCCAGCGAAGUGGAACCAUUCGCCCUGCAAUCCAAGCAGCGCUGGGCACGGGACUUCGCCGUGCCCUUCCCCCAGUGGCCGCAUCCCGAGUGGUUUCACUUGGAGCUGGUGGAGGCCAAAAAGGAACUCCUCCAAGGCUUGUUUGCGCUCUUGCAGGUGGAGACCAGGUCUCCUUCGGAGAGCUUCCAACGGAGCAUGGCCAUGCUGGCACUGGUGCGGAGGGAGCUGGAACUGUUGGAUUCCACGCAGCUCUUCGAUACCAGCAUGGCGGAGUGGGCCAGGAUCUUGAGCAACGAAGGGUGUAUGAAGGUCCUGCUGACGCAGCAGGAAGCUCGGGUCGUUGCCAAGCACCUGCGGCGCUUGAUGGGGCAUCCCGUUGGCUUUUUCGGCCGAAGCAAAGCGCAGCUGGUUUGGCUGCCGCAGACAGGCCUCCAAAGUUCGAGGCUGAGAAAAAAGAACGGGCACCGUGGCCUACUUGGAGGUGCUUUGUUUCAAUUGUUUUUUUUUGUGCAUUUUUAA